AUGGCUAGCCUGUUGAAGCACUUGCCGACAUGGAUCGCCAUCACAGUGGCAACUUGGGUCAUUUGCUGGAAGAUCGCAGACCCACAGCAGUGCCAAGACCUCUCAGUAUGCCGUUCACAAAUGGCGACAUAUCCCGCCUACAUCCACAUGAUCUCCUCCACUGCUUUGGUGGCCAUGUCCGGCAAUGAGAUUUGUGGUCUUGUGGCGACCUACAUGGGAACCAAGCGAACUCAAGAGUUGAUCCCGCACUUGCGAAGCCGCUGCUUGCCCAGCUUCUUGCUGGCGCUGAUGUUUGGCUGGUUGGCUGUGGUGGAGUACUUCUUCGCACGUCCUGGCAUGACUUUGGCCCAUGUCCAUACCAACGCCGAUGGGAUGACCGUCAUGGGAAGGCCGGUCUACACUUUGCGCUACAUCGAGUGGUGCAUCAACGUGCCGAUCCUGUUCCUGUUGUCAGGCCACUGCAGCUUGGGCCGGCCCGUGAAGGAAAUCUCAAGGCCCUUGGUGGUGACGAAUGUGUACAUCAUUUUUUCAUGA